CGUACUAUAUAUACAGGACAUGAUGCAGCAGGCGGCCAGCGCCACCCGGCGGCCCUCAGCUCUGCGGCCAGUGCUCCAUGCCGCGCCCACGCAGAACUCCAACAUGAGAUACUUGCUACAGGCUACUGCGCCAUGCGGGCAAUGCGGCAAAGCGAUCGUUUGCCAUGCGAUCGGCCCAGGCAUCGACCCGCACACCCUGAAACAGGUGUGCGGCGCAGUGGCCCUGGCGUCGUCGACCGUGUGGCUCACGGCGCGCCUGUACCGCCAGGCCGGGGGCAGCGUCCCCGUGCAAACUAGCAGGGGCAUCCCGGGCUGGGACAGCACGAGGAAGAUCCCGGAGGGGCAGACCGCGUGUGCGCUGUGCGGAGGCAGCGGCAAGAUUUGCUGCCCCACCUGCGACGGCAAAGGCCGAGUGAACAGGAUUGACAGGCUGGUCCUGCCCAAGGGGGAAAACCCCGUCCACUGCCUGUCCUGCCGGGGAACGACUUUGGCGCUGUGCGGCAGAUGCCUCGGGACCGGAAUCAAGCGGGCACCCAUUGGGUUCCGCGUUUGACAGGCCCGGCUGUCAGAAGCUCAUUUUGUAAACGUAAUCAGUU